AUCCAUUCCAAGAACGGCACUAUGGAGAACUUUACUAUUGAGGAGAUCCGUGAACUUAUGGACAAGGUUACCAAUGUCCGUAACAUGUCCGUCAUUGCUCACGUCGAUCACGGAAAGUCUACUUUGACCGAUUCCCUUGUCUCCAAGGCCGGUAUUAUCUCUGCUGGUCGUGCUGGUGAGACCCGUUUCAUGGACACCCGUAAGGAUGAACAGGAGCGUGGUAUUACUAUCAAGUCCACUGCUAUUUCCAUGUACUUCCAAAUGGAGAACCCCGAAGACAUCAAGGAGAUCAAGGGCCAGAAGACCGAUGGUUCCUCUUUCUUGAUUAACUUGAUCGAUUCCCCCGGUCACGUUGAUUUCUCUUCUGAAGUUACUGCUGCCCUCCGUGUCACUGAUGGUGCCCUCGUCGUCGUCGAUUGUAUCGAUGGUGUCUGUGUCCAGACCGAGACUGUCCUCCGUCAGGCUUUGACCGAGCGUAUCAAGCCCGUCAUUGUCAUCAACAAGGUUGAUCGUGCUCUUCUUGAGUUGCAGUUGGCCAAGGAGGAGUUGUACACCACCCUCCGCAGCACCAUCGAGUCUGUCAACGUCAUCAUCUCUACCUACCCUGAUGAGGCUCUCGGUGAUGUCCAGGUCUACCCCGAGCGCGGUACCGUUGCCUUCGCUUCCGGUCUCCACGGCUGGGGUUUCACCCUCCGUCAGUUCGCCGUCCGUUACUCCAAGAAGUUCGGUGUCGACAAGGAGAAGAUGAUGCAGAAGCUCUGGGGCGAGAACUACUUCAACCCCAAGACCAAGAAGUGGACUUCCAAGUCUACUGAUGCCGCCGGCCAACCCCUCGAGCGUGCCUUCAACAUGUUCAUCUUGGACCCUAUCUACAAGAUCUUUGACUCUGUCAUGAACUUCAAGAAGGACCAGGUCGAUACUCUUCUUACCAAGCUUGAGAUCAACCUCAAGGCCGAGGAGAGAGAUCUCGAGGGCAAGCAGCUCCUCAAGGUCGUCAUGCGCAAGUUCUUGCCUGCUGGUGAUGCUCUCUUGGAGAUGAUCUGUAUCCAUCUUCCUUCCCCCGUCACUGCCCAGAAGUACCGUGUCACCUCCCUCUACGAAGGUCCCAUGGACGAUGAGUGCGCCAUCGGUAUCAGAGACUGCAACCCCGCCGGUCCUUUGAUGCUUUACGUCUCCAAGAUGGUUCCCACUUCCGAUAAGGGUCGUUUCUACGCUUUCGGUCGUGUCUUCUCCGGAACCGUCCGUGCCGGUCUCAAGGUCAGAAUCCAGGGUCCUAACUACCUCCCUGGCUCCAAGUCCGACCUUUCCGUCAAGUCCAUUCAGCGUACCGUCCUCAUGAUGGGACGUAACGUCGAGGCUAUCGAUGACUGCCCCGCCGGUAACAUUAUCGGUCUUGUCGGUGUUGAUCAGUUCUUGGUCAAGUCUGGUACCAUCACCACCUCCGAGGUUGCCCACAACAUGAAGGUCAUGAAGUUCUCUGUCUCUCCUGUCGUCCAGGUUGCCGUCGAUGUCAAGAACGCCAACGAUUUGCCCAAGCUCGUCGAAGGUCUCAAGCGUUUGGCCAAGUCCGAUCCCUGUGUCUUGACCUUCACCUCCGACUCUGGUGAGCACAUUGUUGCCGGUGCUGGUGAGCUCCAUUUGGAGAUCUGUUUGAAGGAUCUUGAGGAGGACCACGCCCAGGUUCCCCUCAAGUUCGGUGACCCAGUUGUCCAGUACCGUGAGACUGUCACUGCCGAGUCCACAAUUGACUGUCUUUCCAAGUCGCCCAACAAGCACAACCGUAUCUUCAUGCGCGCUCUUCCCCUUAACGAUGAGCUUGCCAACGAUAUCGAUGCUGGUAAGAUUGGUCCCAAGGAUGAUUUUAAGAUCCGUGCCCGUACCUUGGCUGACAAGUACGAGUGGGAUGUUACUGAGGCCCGUAAGAUCUGGUGUUUCGGUCCCGAUGGCACUGGCCCCAACUUGUUGAUUGAUGUCACCAAGGCCGUCCAGUACCUUAACGAAAUCAAGGAUUCCUGCGUUGCCGCUUUCCAGUGGGCCACCAAGGAAGGACCCGUUGCCGAGGAGAACAUGCGUGGUAUCCGCUUCAACAUCCUCGAUGUUGUUCUCCACGCUGAUGCUAUCCACAGAGGUGGUGGACAGAUCAUCCCCACCUGUCGCCGUGUCAUCUACGCCUCCGUCCUUACCGCCACCCCCGGUAUCCAGGAGCCCGUCUACCUCGUCGAGAUCCAGUGCCCCGACUCUGUAAUUGGUGGUAUCUACUCUUGCCUCAACAGACGCCGUGGUAUGGUCUUCUCUGAGGAGCAGCGCCCCGGUACCCCCAUCAUGACCGUCAAGGCUUACUUGCCCAUUAACGAGUCCUUCGGUUUCACCGCCGAUCUCCGUGCUGCCACUGCUGGUCAGGCCUUCCCCCAGGCUGUCUUCGAUCACUGGCAGAACAUGACCGGUAACCCUCUCGAGGCUGGUAACAAGGUCUACGACAUCAUCCGUGCUGUCCGUAAGAGAAAGGGUCUUACCGAGGAUAUCCCCGGUCUCGACAAGUACUACGACAAGCUCUAAACAAUUCCUUUUAUUUUAAAAAAAAAUAACAAGAUAUAUAUAAAGCCAUUCUUCUGUACGAGGUUGUUUGUUUGUUUGUUUUUGAUUUGUAAUAUGUGUGUGUGUGUGUGUGUAUGUUCUGAUACCUCUUUUUUUUUUCAAAAGAAAAUAAAAUAAAAUAAAAUGCACAUGCAAAAAUAAACUUGAUAUGAACACCUCUCUAUAUCCUUUUAUUUUUAUAUAUCAUUUGUAUCCAACAAUCAUAAUAAAAUGUAAAAGACAAAAAACC